AUGCUUAAACCUACUUGCAUUUACGAUCUCCAGGAACUGUUUGCAUGGAACGAGAAAGCGAAUUACUCUAGUUAUACUAACUUUAUGCGUCAUACCUAUAGAAAGUUGAUUAAUAUAAAGGGGUUCUAUUUGGAUGAGGACAUAAGGAAGAUCAAUGAUGUUAUCUGGAACACUUAUAAUAAAUUCAAUAUCCAAAGUUCCAAAGUGGCUGUCUUCGAAGAUGGUUCUUAGGAGGCUGUGCUCCCUGAAUAUUCGAUAAGGAUGUAUUGUCAAAAUGUGGAGGAAUAAGAAGUGAAAUAGGAUGAUGAUAAUUUUAUAGAUCAACCUAAAGAAAUAAUGAAAUUCCAGUUGCCUUUGUUGCCUGAAUUCGAAGCGCAAGAGUAUGCUGAGUUAUUGGAACAAGAUGACAGGAGAGAAGAAAAACAUCAUGAUGAUGACAUCCUAUUGAGACGCUACAACUUACAGGUAAAGUCGGGAGAUUAGGUUGCAGUUUCAAUAAACGUGAUGGGAAUCAUUCUGAUCGCUAAAUAACUACGUAUUGGAGGAAAUAAAUUUGAUGAAUAUUUAAUAGAAGUGGCAGUAAGAUUAUGA